CUGAAUUGCGCAAUCGCACCGCAAAAAUGAGGGUCAAGACUCCGGUGUAAUUAUGAAUGAAAGCUCAUUUCUGUCGCUUGCUUUGAUUCUCUAGACGGCAGUGGCAGGACCCAAUCAAUACAUUCGAUGGUUUUCCAGAGACCGAUUCUGAACUAUCGCAAUCUGACCUAGCUCUAAUUGAGAUCUGGAUUGGAUGCCCAUACAACAAGCAGAUACCAUCAGUAGUACACCACAUGUACAUGUACUAUGGCAGACGACGCAGACAAACUCCUACCAAAUCACAAUGCUGACCAUGAUUCAAAGAACAUCCAAGUCCAAGACCUUUUUGAUGAUCUCGAGCAAAGUCCUGACAAAGGAAUCGGAUCCAGCUCAGACAGCAUCCAUGACUCAAACAGCUCGGCAGGAGGUGGUGAGAAUGGAACAGAUGAGAAAAAAAAGACACCGAUGACCCUAGCUCAGAAAUUGACCUUUGUUGGGAUCGCAAUUGCCUACAUGUCUGUGUUUACAUCAUUCUCUGUGCUUGCCCCUUUCUUUCCUUAUGAGGCACAGAAGAAAGGUGUAAACCUAACUGAAACAGGGCUUGUCUUUGGCAUUUUCUCUCUCGUCAGUUUCAUAGCAUGUCCGAUAUGCGGCAAAUAUCUUCCUGUCGUAGGAGGAAAAUUCAUGUUUCUGAGUGGGUCUUUUGUGGCUGCUGGGUGCAAUAUAUUGUUUGGGGUUUUGGAUAGGAUCGAUGGUAAGACCAUGUUCUUGACCUACUGUUUUGUAAUUCGUACCGUGGAAGCCCUUGGAUCGGCUGCUACUUUAACAGCAGGCAUGGCGAUCUGUGCCAAUGUUUAUCCAGAAAACGUUGCUCAAGUGAAUGGUUUUCUUGAGUUAUUUCUUGGCCUUGGAUUUGCAGUUGGUCCCCCUCUUGGUAGUUUAUUUUAUGGAAUCGGAGGCUACGAGCUUCCAUUCAUAGUCUUAGGCUGUUCAUCUAUAGUGUUUACCAUCCUGAAUAUAUUCAUCAUUCCAAGUACAUCAUCAUCGAGGGAAGAGGACAGUCGCCCGGGAUCUGUUCUAGAGGUACUGAAGAUACCUGCUGUGUGGCCUGUGCUUAUUACUAUUGCAUGGGGAAGUGCCUCCUAUGGGUUCUUUGAUCCAACCCUAGCUCUUCAUCUAACAUCUCCUCCACUGAGUGUUGAAUCAUCCUUAGUUGGUGUGAUGUUCUUGUUGAUUGGAGGAACGUACGCCUUGUUUGCUCCUGUGUGGGGCUAUGUAGCAGACAAAACGAAAACCACUCGCCUCAUGAUGGCUUUAGGAAGCUAUUUCACUGGGAUUUCCUAUCUGUUGGUUGGUCCAAGCCCCCUUCUUAAUCUCCCAAGUCGGUUGUGGAUUGUCAUCGUAGCACUUGGAUUUCAAGGUUGCAUCUGUGGAAUUUGUAUCAUGCCAGCACUUCUAGAUCUAUUUUUAAGUGUCAAGUGGUAUGGGCACCCUGAUGAUCUUGCAACACAGUCUAUCAUAUCUGGACUCUUCAAUGCCGCUUAUUCCUUAGGGAGUUUUAUCGGACCAACAGCAGGAGGCGCCUUAGUUCAGCAGAUUGGAUUUGUUUGGACAUCAACAUAUAUCGCUGGUGGAUGCUUUGCCGUCAUGAUUAUGGUCUGUCUGUUUGGUGUGUGGGAGUUUCAAUGUGGAAAGGGGCGAAGAAAACCUAGCCACAUGAAGAAUGCUGCCAAUGGUGAACUUCCAGGUGAUGAACAGCACAUUGUCAAUGCUUGAAUGGAGCUCUUGUUCCAGUAUUAAAUUAACCUCGCUCCAGAAUGUAUUUGCCACUGCCAACUCAAUAAUUUGUUUUGUGUGUGUUAUCUGAGACUAGAUAUUAAAGCCUUACAGUACUUUACUCCUGCAAAAACAUAAGUAAAAUUCACGUUGUACUAAUAGCAAUCAAUAACUUGUAUUUAAGAUUAGAAAGAAAAAUAUUCUUUUCUAUGUUUGCUCCAUUGUUGGAUGUAUAACAUAUAGAGCUGUUGGGUCAUGAAUGAAUAAUUAAAUGUACCUUUAAUGUUCAUCCAGUAUACAUAUCAAAUACUUUGUGGAGUAUAUUUAUUUGAUGGCUUUGCAUGAGUGGGAUACAGGAAUAUUUUGCUUGAGCUGUGACAAUAUCGAGAACAGUAUAUUUUUGUAUCACACCAAAACAAAGCCAUACAGUAUUAUUAUUAUCAUCUUUAUCAGGCUGACUAGCGUAAUAACAAAAUUUGACUUAAUUGGUAAAUAUGGCUUUGUUUGGUGAUAUCAAUAUCAAUAGUUGGAAGUUUCUGGAUGACUAAGCAAUUAUGAAAAUAAUAUUGAUCACUCAUCCGGUUACUGCACUAAAGAUAGUGAAUACACUGAUUUAUCGUACCAUUUGGAAGCCUUAUAUAGAUAAUAAUAUUUUCUAUUGAACAAUAUCUUGUAAUGUUGGUCUCUUCUUCCAAAGUAUUAUGGGUAACGAGGUACCCAUAAAAAGACACCUAGUGAAGUAUUUCUCAAAGAAAUAUACUAUUUAGAGGAUUACUAUAUAUUUUUAUGCCUGUGCAUGUGACUAGGGCAUAUGUUUAUAAUUUUUUUUUACUGGUUUUUCAACUUUAAAAGAAAAAUCAUGUACUCAUGUAUUCAACCAAGAGGGAAAAUGCCCAUCACAUCAUUGUAGUACUUUAAAGAUUAAGAAUGAAGUUUGAGAUUCAUAAUUUAGUAUUAGUCUCAAAUACUGCCAUUCAUAUAUCAUUUAUGUAUUGUAUUCUAUUAAUUGUGUCAAUCCAAAGAUAUUUAUCAUAACUGUAUAAAUAAAAGCUUUAGUACUUCUGUCUGACAUCAGCAAGUGAGAUUAACAGCUACUUAUAUUUCUCAGGCUAUUUAAAAUUAAAAAUGUAUAAACAUGUAUAUGUAUGUCAUGUUCUUUGCUGCUUCCCCUAUAGCGCUAUACAUGUAUGUGAUGGGGUUGAAUAAACCAAAGCAAAAUACUUCGGUCAAAAUAUCAGAUUUUUUACCUUUCAUUUUGCAAGGUAUUAUCAUUUGACAGUAUGGAUAUUUCAAAACAUUGUUAGUAUUUAGUAUUUUUAGUAUUUAGUAUUUAUUGUCCAUUUCUGGAUAUUUGAUUUUCACUGGUGUAACAUAUACAGAUUAACAUUUACUAAUGUAUUUACAAAAAUGUAGACAUUAACAGUGAAUACACAAGGUUUAACAUAUGAUUAAGCACAGAUUAACAGAGGAUCGAAUGUUGUUUUAUAAACACUAAUUCAGAACAAUAAUGGCUGAAUGUAAUUAACAAAAAUCCUCCAAAAAGAAUGAAAUUAAGGGUAAAUCCAACAGAAACACCAGUGAAGGUUGCCACAGUGCGGCGCCCGUUUGCGUUUUAAGUGCUAGAGAAACGACAUUGUUUAAGUUUUCUCUAAUGGUCUUAUUUAUUUGAAUGAAAUCCAACCCAAAUAGACAACUACUCUAACAGAAAAAUCAGAAAAGCACAAUG